AUGGCCUGGCGAAGCAGCGGCCUCACAAACACCGACCUCAUCACCAACCUCUCCCGCAACCACCUCAUCACCUCCUCCCGCGUCCGCUCCGCCAUGCUCCGCGUCGACCGCGCCCACUACUCUCCCAUAUCCCCCUACGAAGAUUCUCCACAACGGAUCGGUUUCCAUGCGACAAUUUCCGCUCCGCAUAUGCAUGCGAAUGCUGCUGAGGCGUUGUUGGAGUUUUUGCGGCCGGGGAAUCGGGUCUUGGAUGUUGGGAGUGGGAGUGGGUAUUUGACGCAUGUUUUGGGGGAGUUGGGAAAGGGAAAGGUGGUUGGUGUGGAACAUAUUCAAGCUUUGGUGGAUUUGAGUCGGGAGAAUACGGGAAAGAGUGCAGAGGGGAGGGAGUUGAUGGAAAAGGGAAUUCUACAAUAUGUGAGAGGGGAUGGGAGGUUAGGGUGGGAGGCAGAGGCGCCGUAUGAUGCGAUUCAUGUCGGUGCUGCGGCUGCGGGGCAUCAGCAGAGGUUGAUUGAUCAGUUGAAGUCUCCGGGGAGAUUGUUUAUUCCCGUGGAAGAGGAGGGUUUGCAGCAUGUUUAUGUCGUGGAUAAGGAUGCCGAGGGGAGGGUGACGAAGAAGAGGGAGUAUGGAGUGAGAUAUGUCCCGUUGACGGAUGCUCCGGUGGAGUGAGGGUCUUUGUGAGGAUGUAAAUGUCGUUGCGGAAGAAGAUGAUAUGGGAUAUACGGUACCUCGAGGAAGGAAAUACUGGACGUUAUGGAUGGUCACAGCUCACGACAAUGUGCAUGGCUCUCGUCAGAAACACCACGCAACGGAAUCCUGCUCUCCUCCGGGCUGACACCGAGGGUCUCCUAAUCUACGGACCUCAAGCAGUCUCGCCACGCCUACCUGUUUACCAUCAUACUCCCCGGACGGAUAACUGAUGAAUCGUUGCUGGCUUGGACCAUGAAAACAGACUGGAAUACGAAACUAUCUCAUACCUACCUACGUUUGGCGAGAUGGAGACCACUGAUGCGGGAUUAUUCUUGUCAAUGGACGCUGUAGCGAUGUCCCUCGCAUCUUGCUCUAUGGCAAUUCUCUGGCGUAAGUGAGAGUACCUUCUCAGGUCGAGUGAGUGGGAAUCCAUGAUCGCUGUCUGUGUCAAAUUAGAGGGAUGUGACAGGAAGGAGUGGGCUCAAGUAGUACUGUGAGAAUGGCUACUAAGGUAUCUAUCAGGAG